AUGCCAUCGAGCCGGAGGACCCCCCGGAGCAGGAGUGCCGCUUCGGCGCCGCGUGCACCAAUUUCGAGGCGGGCCACCGCCUGCAGUUCACGCACCCAUCCGCCUGCUCCCGCUGCAGGCGGGCGUGCAAGAACGGCGCCCGCUGCUGGGACCCUCGGCAGGACGCAGCACUGCCGCGAAUUCUCGCACCCCGGCGACCUGCACUACUGCCUCGGCACGGUGGCGUUCUCACCCUACCAGGCGCCGGAGUUCGAGACGCUGUGGCAGCUGUUCUCCUACUUCGACCCCGAGGGCGCCGGCUACCUCGACCAGGCGCGCUUCUCCGAGGCUCUGCGUGCUUGCCUGAAGGCACCCGACGGCGGCCUCAUCGAGGGCGCGUGGUGCGACACCGGCGGCGAGGCGCAGGGCGUGGCGAACUUCUGCCGCUUCGCCGCGUGGGCCGAGUCCUACCCCCUGGCGCUGCCGCUGGGGCUGAGUGCGGGCGGCGGCGCGCUGCCGAUCCGAUGCCAUGGCCAGGUGAGGACGACCGCCGGCGAGCUCCUCCCGUGCGGCUGCGAGUGCUACUCGCCCUCGUGGCCGUCCGCGCCCUCGGUCUACGCGCACCCGCCAGCGUGCCAUUGCGGGCACCGGCGCGGCAGACAUUGGUGCGAUGCGGACGCUCGCCUUCUCGGUAAGGCCAUGCGGCCCGCGAGUUGGACCGAGGACACGGGGGGCCUCGUGCCCGUACACGACGUGGGCCUGUUGCGGCAGCUGCAGGAGCUGCUGACAAGGUCUCACAAGGACAGACCGACAAUUGGACGCGGGAUCGCGGGUGUUCCAUCCCCCCUUCGUCCACGGCGUGGGCGGCUGCAGCCUCGCGUGCGCCAACCAGAACCGGCUGCCCGUACCGUCCGGCUACAGCCUGAGGCAGGCCUGGCGCAACCAGCAGCCCGAUGUUUGGCGGCGGUACUGCGUCGCGAAGUGCGCCGUAUCCGCGUUGUGCAGCGCGUCGCCGCCAGGCCUUGA